GCGUCGCCUGUGCCCCAACCAACAACACAAACCGACACUCUUUCUUUCCCCGACCUUCACCCUCGUAAGCAAUGUAGGGCUAUCUUUUUACCUGCAUGGGACCAGACCUGUGAUUCAAUUGCUACAAAAUACGAUAUAACUGUGCCGGAGCUCAUAGAAUAUAACUCAGGCCUCGACUGUGACGACGUGU